CAGUCAGUCAUUAGUAUAGAUAUUUACUUUCUACUUAAUUUUAAAUAAAUACUAAAUAAAAAAUCAUUUAGAACAAAAUGUGAAAACUCAUAUAUUUCUUGUAAUAUAAUCAAACAGGAAAAUAAAAUGGCUAAUGACAAUAAAACAGAGAUUUGCCGUGUGUGUUUAAAGACUGAUCUAGUGAAAGAAAAUAAAUUCUUGUCACUGUUUGAAAAGUUGAAAGAUGCUACGAUCUCUGAAAAUAUUAAUACCAUAGCAGAUGUAUCAAUAACACACGGGGACCGUCUGCCUACAAAAAUAUGUCCGGAGUGUCUUUUAGAAUUGGAAACCGCCCUAAAUUUCAAACACAAGUGUGAGACUUCCAACAACAUACUUCGAAACACAUCAUUCGACAAAUUCACAGACUUUCUUUUAGAAGAAUAUAAUGUGAAUCACGUUAAGAAAGAAGAAAGUGAAUUGGUUCAAAAAGAGUCCGAUAAUGAUUUUUAUUUAAAUAUAAAUGAUUAUCUUGACACCAAUACGGAAGAUGAAUCAAUCGGAGAUGAUUUACCAGACCAAUGCCCAGUAAGGAAAAGUAGGGCUAUCGAUCUCAAAGUAGUAUGUAAUGAGUGUGGUGAUUCCUUUAAAAGUAAAUGCAAGUUACGUGUUCACUGGAAAAAGGUGCAUCUCCCACAAAUUUUGCUCUGUCCUGUAUGUAAAAGAACUUUUAAGACAUAUAAAGCAUUCAAUAGACAUCAAAAGAUUAGAGUUAAAACUUGUUUAUCAACAGAUAAUAUGAGGGUAGAGGGGAUUGGCAAAUCCAGAAUAUUCCAUUGUAAAUGUUGCGAUUACAGUUCUCGCCGUGUUAAAGAUAUGCAAUCACAUAUAGUGACACACAAUGGUGAACGGCCAUUUCCCUGCUCAUUAUGUGACAGAACGUUUACACAACAAAGCUCGGUACAGGCUCACCAAGAAUCCGCACACCAAAUAUAUUUUAUAGAGACUACUUGUGAAAUCUGUGGUAAAUUCAUCAGGGGACGCAAUGCUGUAUACAAGCAUAUGAGAAGGCACAAAGAUGAAGGUUACCAAUGUGAUAUCUGUAAAAAAAUUUUGAAAACAAAAUGUACACUGAGGUCUCAUUUAGUUAGGCACACUGGGGUAAAAUCAUACACUUGUGAAAAGUGUGCAUCCACCUUCUUCACUAUAGCUGAACUCGGUAAUCACAAACGAUUCACUCAUAACAAGGACAGAUUUCUUUACAAGUGUGACAUUUGUGAAUAUAAGAGUACUAGAAGUGAGGUCCUGAGGAGACAUAAAUCCAAACAUACACUUGUGAAUGUAUCAUGCACACUUUGUGGGAAAUUUUUUGCAGAUGCACAAAAAUUAUCUCUUCACCAGAAAAGGCAUUAUGCAGAGAGGAAAUAUUCAUGUCCACAUUGCAAUACGAAGUUUCUGAGAAAAGACUAUUUGCAACGACAUUUGCGUUCUAAGCAUAUGUGCGCAUUGGUAUCAACAAAACCUCAACCUUUUAAAGAGGAAAAUCUAUCGUCUACUGUUUGUGAACCAAUCAUUGAAAUAUCCACAUCAAGCAUAAUUUAACAAUAAAUACAAUUUUAAAACUAUUUAUUACUUUAGUUAAUGAAGCAGUAUAAAGGAAUUUUGUUUAUUGUACACCCCAAAAGUGAAUUCAAUAUUGUUAGGAGAUGUGUUCCUUCAUUUAGAUCGAUUCUAAGGUGCCAUUUCUAUAAACAUAUCUCUUAAUGUUAUAUUUUAAUUUGUUAAAUACAAUUGUAUUCAGAAUAAAGCCUAUGUUAAGUGCAAUAAUUGAUUGGAUCCCUUUGCAAUUUUGUUAACUAGUCAUAGGUUAAUAAUUUCUACUUCUGAUGUUAAUUUUUUAAAUUAUAUUCUUCACGAAUUUAUCUAAACUAUAAAGUAAAUGUAAAUAAAUUAUAAAAUAUAAAGAUUAAACUAAAUUUGACAUCAUUUUAAAUUUCCUUUCCAUUUUUAUUUUAGUUUGCUUUUUUAGUUUAUAUCAUAUAUUACCUGAGGGAGACUGUACAAAACUCAUCCACUUAGGCACCUCUGUCCCAUUUGUGUUUCUACUGCAAAGCAAUUGUGUU